CCGCAGGAUCCGUCGGAAAAUCCACGCGACCACGGAGAGAGAGGGACACGCAAACGCCAAAUAUACAGCCAUAAUACAGCUGUCACUUCCUCUGCAGAAUUAGUCUAAUGGAGCAAAGGCACUCUGCGCGGCUCGGUGCUUACAGCAUGGAUCGUACUGGAAAUUUGACACGGCACCAGAGAACUCGUACAGGAGAGAAACCCUUCAAGUGCAGUGUGUGUGAGAAGGUGUUUGCACUUUCAUCUCAUCUUGUAGCACACCAGAGAACACACACGGGAGAGAAACCCUUCAAAUGCAGUGUGUGUGGGAAGGCAUUUGCACGUUCAUCUUGUCUUGUAAUACACCAGAGAACACACACGGGAGAGAAACCCUUCAAGUGCAGUGUGUGUGGGAAGGCGUUUGCACAGUCAUCUACUCUUGCAAUGCACCAGAGAACACACACGGGAGAGAAAGCCUUCAAGUGCAGUGUGUGUGGGAAGGCAUUUGCACAUUCAUUUUCUCUUGUAGCACACCAUAGAACGCACACAGGAGAGAAACCCUUCAAAUGCAGUGUGUGUGGGAAGGCGUUUGCACAGUCAACUACUCUUGUAGAACACCAGAGAACACACACAGGAGAGAAACCCUUCAAGUGCAGUGUGUGUGGGAAGGCGUUUGCACAGUCAUCUACUCUUGCAAAACACCAGAUAAUACACACGGCAAAGAAACCCUUCAAGUGCAGUGUGUGUGGGAAGGGGUUUGCACGCUCAUCUACUCUUGUAGACCACCAGAGAACACACACAGGAGAGAAACCCUUCAAGUGCAGUGUUUGUGGGAGGGCGUUUGCACUUUCAUCUCCUCUUGUAGCACACCAAAGAACACACACGGGAGAGAAACCCUUCAAAUGCAGUGUUUGUGGGAAGGCAUUUGCACAGUCAUCUACUCUUGGAAUACACCAGAGAACACACACGGGAGAGAAACCCUUCAAGUGCAGUGUGUGUGGGAAGGCGUUUGCACGUUCAACUCGUCUUGUAGCACACCAGAGAACACACACGGGAGAGAACCCCUUCAGGUGCACUCCUUGCGGGAAGACAUUUGCACUUUCAUCAAAUCUUCAUGCACACCAGAGAACACACAAGCAUCAGAAGAUCCAGAAGGAGUGGAGUCUGAAAUCGGCUUGUGAAAGUCAAAGUGCCGCAAUGAGCCCAUCCCUCAUUAAACAAGAACCGGAAGAAAAUCCCAGCUUAGACACUUUUAAAGGUAUCAAGGUGAAAUAUGAAGAGGUGAAGGUGAAAUGUGAAGAAGUGAUGGUCAAGAGCGAAGAAGUGAAGGUAAAAUGUGAAGAUGAAGAUUUCACUCCAAAAUCAGACCUUCACAUCGAUAGAGGCAACGUGAAGCAGGAGGAGAAUUCUGACUGUGAGGCAGAGCGAGGCAACUCCCAGCAGUUUGUGGAAGUUGAGGUGUGGGUGGACUUCCUCUGAAACAAUACAAAGUCAAAUGGAGACCCGGUAGAUGUGUAGCUUGAGAUUAUGUCGCUCCAAUAGACGCACCUUUGUCACAGGCCUUUAAUGACAAGAAUGUGAAGUUGAACGCUCAAUUCCUCGGUUCAACCUGCAGGGCAAGAGCGGCCAGUCUUUGUGGACCUGUGGGUUGCGUAGAUCUCUAACCAGGAGUGAGAACCAAUAAGCUCCCAAGCAUUCGAUAUGUAAUCAUAAUUGCAUUUACAUGGUGCUUGCUUAAUUGCCUCAGCAACUUGGAGUUUUGUAUCGUAUCUUGUCUCAAACACUCGAAGAGCAUCCCCAAGUAGCAGCUGCCCCUGUGUGGCACAAGGAGGUGGCCCUGCACCGGCCUGCAUGUGGACAAGAGUCUGUCAGUAGGGGGCGGUGGUUGAUGUGGCAUCUUAGUUGUGGAGUUUGUCGGUAAUGUUUUAGAAUUUGAUCAAUUUUGACCCAGACGUCAGAAUGCAAUGGCCUACUCGUUUUGAAUUACACUAUUAUGUUGUACAUUCACUUCGAUUUAAAGCUUUCGUGACUGCAGGGAUUCAUCUUCUUGGUUCUUUCGGUAAAGUCA